AUGGGGUUAUCAUUCAUACGAUUGGCAUGUCUUUUAGCUCUUUUUCUGGCCUCUGUAGUGGUGGCUCAGGAUUAUUAUGCUAUCUUGGGUGUGUCCAAAGAUGCAUCUGAGAAGGAGAUCAAAUCAGCAUACAGGCAGCUUUCUAAGAAGUACCAUCCCGACAAAAAUCCCGGGGACGAGACCGCGCACCACAAAUUCAUCGAAGUUGGCGAAGCAUAUGAAGUUCUAAGCGAUGAUCAGAAACGCCAAAUAUAUAAUCAGUAUGGCGCAGAGGCGUUGAAAAAUGGCGGUCCUGGCGGGUCUGGUGGACCUGGUGGGCCUGGAGGUUUUGGAGGUGGAUUUCACGAUCCAAUGGAUAUCUUUGAACAAAUGUUCGGCGCGCAACGUGGUGGUGGCGGCAGGGGCAGACCUCGUGGCCACAACCUCGAAGCACGCGAAGAAAUCACAUUAAAGGAAUACUACCAAGGAACGUCGCUGGACUUCACACUGAAUUUGAACGACUUUUGCGACAACUGUAAGGGCACUGGUUCUCAGGAUGGCAAGACCACACGCUGCUCUGAUUGUCAGGGCCAAGGUGUCGUUAUACAAAUCAUAAGAAUGGGUCCUAUAACCCAGCAAAUACAGCAAAUGUGCGGCGCAUGCCAAGGAAAGGGUCAGAUAAUUAAGAACAAGUGCAAACAAUGCCAUGGGGCAAAGGUUGAGCGGAAGACAAAGCAUUUCCACGUUGAUGUUCCUGCCGGAGCUCCACGCGACUUCGUGGACGUCAAAAACGGAGAGGCCGACAAAGGGCCGGACUUCGACGCCGGAGAUGUGUACAUCAAGUUCUCUGAAUCUUCGAGAGACAAUAUGGGCUACAGAAGAAGAGGAGUGCAUCUUCACCGGACUGAGGUGCUGACCUUGAAAGAAGCAUUGCAGGGAGGCUGGAAGCGGGAAAUUGAGUUCCUGGAUCACACCAAGAAAGUUAAGCUGCAUCGGGAUGCUGGCGUGCCAGUUAGGCAUGGCGAAACCGAGCGUGUCCCCGGAUUUGGAAUGCCCAAAGACGGCCGCCACUUCGGCGACCUAUUUGUGGACUAUGUCGUCCUUACGCCUCACAAGGUGUCCGCCCAGCUGAUAAAGGACGAAUUGUGA